AUGAAUGAUCAUAUUGACGACCAUGUUCUGGCAAAAUUUAAAAUUCUCCAAAAGCUCGGUAAAGGAGCUUACGGUAUAGUAUGGAAAGCCGUAGAUUUACGGACAAAUGAAGUGAUUGCAUUGAAGAAGAUUUUUGACGCAUUUAGGAAUUCCACAGAUGCACAAAGAACAUACAGAGAAAUAAUGUUUUUACAAUCAUUAAAAAAGUGCCAAAAUAUUGUUGAAUUAAAAGAGGUUCUUCCAGCAAAUAAUAAUCGCGAUGUUUAUUUGGUUUUUGAAUACAUGGAAACCGAUUUACAUGCUGUAAUAAGGUCAAAUAUCUUAGAGGAUGUACACAAGAGAUAUAUUUUGUACCAGAUUAUAAAGGCUAUCCAUUAUAUUCACUCAGGUGAAUUGCUUCAUCGUGAUUUGAAGCCAUCAAACAUUCUUUUAAGUUCAAAAUGUCAUGUUAAGUUGGCGGAUUUUGGACUUGCUAGAAGUGUAGCCCAUGAUGAAGAAACAGAUUCUGCACCAGUUAUGACAGAUUACGUAGCAACAAGAUGGUACAGAGCUCCAGAAAUUUUGGUGGGUAGCACAAAAUAUACAAAGGGAGUUGAUAUGUGGGCUAUUGGAUGUAUAUUUGCUGAGAUGUUGAUUAAUAGACCGCUAUUCCCUGGAUCUUCAACUAUAAACCAACUUUCUAAGGUGGUUGCAUUUACGGGAAUCCCAUCAAGUGAUGAUUUAGAUGCUUUAGGGUCACCUUUUGCAAAAAUGAUGGUAUAUUCAAUCAACAAUAUUACAAGAAAACCUCUGCAUGAAUAUUUCCCCAUGGUUACCCAAGAAGCGUUGGAUUUGUUGACUAAGUUGCUACAAUUUAAUCCAAAAAAACGCAUUUCAACUAUAGACGCAUUAAAUCAUCCAUAUUUAUCACAAUUCCACAAGUCUAACAAACAUUUGCCAAUAUUAUAUAAGGCUAUUACUAUACCCAUCUGUGAUAAUAUCAGGUAUGAUCUUACAAAUUACAGGCGUUUGAUUUAUAAAUUUAUCGAUGAAAACAAGAAUGAAAGUUCACACGGAAGGAAUAAUGAUGAUUCUAAUAAUGAUUCUACACCUACAUUUGGAUAUAAAAAUGUACCAGUAAACGGUUUUAACUCUGUACCUACAGGCACUUCUGGUAGCACAAAGGAUGAAGGAUCUACUGCUAACAAAACACACAAGAACUUUAUAAGGAAUAGAUUCGUGGAUUGGGUCGGUAGGAAUAUAAUCCAUCGCGAUAGUAAACUUCCAAACAAAGGUAUAUUAAAUGGACCCACUUUUGAUAAAAAUGGUCGCUUCGUUAGCAUAUGCAGCAAUAGCAGUAUGGAAGAUGAACAUAGCGUAAAUCGCACUGAGAAGCCUUAUAACAAGGAGCCGAUACAUCUACAUCCUCCAAGAUUGGAGUAUGGCAGAGUUAUUCCAGGAAACUAUCAUGUUUCCCAGCGGGAAGGAAGUUGUUAUAAUAAAGAUACCAGUGUUGACAACCCAUUAAAUGGGAAAGGCACGAAGCAAGUUGCUAGACUAAGACCCAUAAACGAAAUUUCUCGUUGGCCAAGCGUUGUUAAUCGUAGACAUCAUUAUAACAUGGACCAAAGAUUUGACAAACAAAUGACAUUUGGAUCAUCAUCAAUACCGAUGCAAAAUACUUUGCAACCGACGAGUAGUAUUCACGAUACACAUUGCAAAUUUGUAACAAAGCCAGGUGAGGCACACGCAGGAAACCACAGUCCGAUGCUCAAUAUUUUCUACUACUAA